AUGUCUAGUUUGCCUAUUUCCGGCCUUUUGGGCCCUGUUGUUGCCCUCAAUGGCUGGACUUUGGUGAUGGAGGUCUGGAUGUACGCUGCCACUAUCCCUGUGUACAACAGGAUCAAGCCCUCGAGUUCCACCACAAAAAGCCAGAUCGAUGCACAGAUGCCAGCCUCUGCUCGUUGGAAAAGAGACAAUUACAACCAUCUGUUUGAGCAGCCUACCCAAUUUUACGCCAUCGCUCUCGCGCUCGCGAUCGCCCGUGGCGGAGUCGACGACAAGUUGGACAUCGCCCUCGCAUGGUCCUAUACUGGCACUCGUAUCCUGCAUAGUAUGGUGCACUCGACCGCGAAUCCCAUCAUGCUGCGCUUUAGCUUAUUUGCCGUUUCCUCUGGAAUUCUGGCCGUUAUGACUGGGCGACUGGCCACCCUUGUGUUUUGA